AUGCUUCCGGGCUGGGUUUUAUGCAUAAUUUGCCUCCGAGGGGUAUGUGGUUCUGAAUUUAUGCUUGGAUUGUGAGGGAACUACCUACACACUCCCGCGACAACCAUGUAGUAGAUAGCUUCAUUCAUGUUAUCAUGACAAAAGGCGCGGAAAAUUUCAAUUGGCCAAUGGCAAUCCAACCUUCGGGUCGAGCCGCAAGAUCCACGAUCCAACAGAGCUUUUGUUGGUGAGAGCCGCCGUAUAUCGGCCUCCGGAGAUCAUGCGGGGUCGGGACGGCGGAGCAGAUAAAAUCAUCUUGAUUGUGUUCAAUCAACCAUCGCCUAUUCCUAUCCUAGUGAAGGAAGCAAAAGAUGGCCGCCAAGGGAUUUCAAGACACGCCGAUGGUCGCGGAAGCUGUGUACAAUUAUUCAGUGUUCACCAAGACCGAAAAAUGGUGUAUCAUCUCAAUGGUCUCGUACGCGGCCUGGUUCUCGACACUGAGCAGCUUCAUCUACUUCCCAGCCGUGCACCUCCUAUCGGAAGAUCUGUCCGUCUCGGUAGACAAAAUUAACUUAACCAUUACUUCAUACAUGGCGGUAGCGAUGAUAGCCCCGACUCUUGUCGGCGAUGCUGCGGAUGUGCUUGGCAGACGGCCCGUUUAUAUGGUUACUUUGAGUCUCUAUGUCGUGUCUAAUAUUGCUAUUGCUUCAUCGAAGUCGUACAGUGCACUUUUAGGUCUACGUGUGCUACAAGCUUUAGCAAUUUCUGGGACAUUUUCCAUUGCGUAUGGGGUAAUCACCGACGUCGCAUCUCCCGCGGAAAGGGGCUCUUUCGUCAGUGCGGUAUCUUUUGCUAUAACAAUAGCGCCGAGUAUCGGGCCCAUCUUAGGUGGAAGCCUGAGUUAUGCCGCUGGUUGGACGUGGAUUUUCUGGUUCCUCUCGAUCGCCGCGGGACUGUGCUUGACGAUUAUGGUCUUGUUUCUCCCGGAAACGUCACGAAGAAUCGUAGGAAAUGGGUCCAUCAGACCUCCUAAACACUUAAGACUACCGGUUCCGAAGUUGAUGCGCCACUGGGAAGCAAGCGACCAAGUCGUAAAGCAAAAGCGUCGGAUGCCAAACCCCUUAAAGUCCCUCACUAUACUUAUACGAAAGGAUAACGCGGUCAUCAUCUUUGGUUGCGGUUUACUUUAUGUCGUAUAUACAUGCAUUAACGCCUCACUUUCGGUUCUAUUCAUUGAUAUAUACAACCUCAACCAGUGGCAGGCCGGGAUUAUAUACCUUCCUUUUGGACUUGGGGGAAUGGUGUCUACCUUCUUUUCGGGCCCGCUUCUUGACACAGCAUAUCGAAAAGCUAGAGUGAAGCGAGGUCUAUCGACGGAUAAGGUGGUUGGAGAUGAUUUGGAUGAUUUCCCGAUCGAAAAAGCGCGCCUCAGUGUUAUAUGGAUACCAUUAAUUGUGACCACGGCCUCAAUCGUCGCUUUUGGGUGGACCUUGCAUUACCACCAUCACAUCGCGAUCCCUCUCAGUCUUCAGUUCGUCGCAGGCUUGUGUAUGCAACUCGACUUCAGCGUCUAUAAUACCCUUCUAGUAGACAAGAAUCACCGGACGCCAGCAGCCGCUCAAGCCUCUAGUAACAUCGUGCGAUGUACUUUUGCAGCAAUCACAAUAUCUUUCCUACAAAAUUUGAUUGAUGCGAUAAGCAUUGGUUGGACGUUCACGUUCAUGGGCGGACUCUGUUUAGUCGUUGCAGCUCUCUUCCUCGUCGAUUAUCAAGUAGGGACGCGAUGGAGACAGCGAAGUAUAGACUCGGAUCUACGUAUAGCCACUUGAAUAUAUUUGGAGUAUAUGCGAAAUAGGUACCGGUUGGGCGAUG